AUGGAGGGGCUACCCAUUGAGCCACACGGCAUCUUCUGGGAGCAGGACUUCAUUACCUCGGAGCACGAGCAGAAUCUUAUCAACUUCUUCCGUCACCAGCUCGAGUGGCCUGACCGCACCGGCCGCAUCUCCAUCCAUUAUGGCUAUACCUUUGACUACAAAACGUUCGGUGUUGACCCGAACAUCCCCUUCAAGGAGUUUCCAGAUUGGCUUCAGCCACUCAUCCCCACACACGAGGGCCGACCACCAGAGCAAGUCUGCCUGCAGCAUUACCCUCCGGGAGCCGGCAUCCCACCCCACGUCGACACACACUCGACCUAUGACCAGCUGUAUGCACUUUCCAUAGGUGCACCGGUCUUCAUGCAGUUUAGGAAUGGGGAUCGUCGUGUCGAUGUCGACUUGACUCCUCGCAGCCUGAUGAAAAUGUCAGGAGACUCCCGCCUACACUGGACCCAUUCCAUAAAGAAGCGCAAGACUGAUCUUCUCGACGACGGGACUGUGCGAGUACGCGGGGACCGUUGGAGUGUUACCUACCGCUGGUUGAGGCCUGGCGCCGAGUGUCAGUGCGGCAACCUGGCGCUCUGCGACUCUGCCCAGAAGCGGAUAGGUGUCGAGCGUGAAUACCGCUGGAAGCAGUACGAGGCGAACCAAGACACUACCACCCCUGAUGCAACAACAAACCCGAAGCAGGGACUUCCGCCUGCGCUAUGA